AUGUGUCAUCGGUCAAGAGGAAUAUAUCGCAAUACCAAAGAUCUGACGGCGAUGAUCCUGACCAAAAUUUCUAAAGACGGACUGGACAUCCAGAACUGUAGGGGACAAGCAUACGAUAAUGCUGCUGUGAUGGCUGGAGUACAUACGAGAGUCCAAGUGCGCAUUAAGUCCAUAAAUCCGAGGGCACAGUUCGUAGCUUGCACAAAUCAUUCCCUGAAUUUGGCUGGGAUUCACGCCGCUUCGGAGGCCGUGCAGUCUGUCACUUUUUUUGGAACUGUGGAACAAGUCUUUGUAUUCUUUUCCUCGUCAACUCACCGUUGGGGUACCCUCACAGCUGUAACUGGUCAAGGGGUGAAGCGCUUGAUUGAAACCCGCUGGAGCGCAAGGCACGAAGCAGUGGAGGCAUUUAAAAACCACUUUUCCGAUAUUCUGAACGUACUGGAGAAACUCGCUAGCGAUACAAACGAGAACAUAGUGACAAGAUCUGAAGCUGGAUUGCUGCUGAAAGCGCUGCAGUCACUCUCGUUUCUAUGCUAUCUUGGAUUAUGGAGCCAAGUUCUCAAAGAAGUCAACGAUGCCCAAAAUUAUUUGCAAACCAAAGGGUUAAAUAUCGAGCAAUGUGCAACCAAGGUUCCUGCUCUUCAAGAGUUUUUGGUAGGCAACCGGAAUAGUCUCGUUGACAACGCAUUUAGCUAUGCAAAGAAGCUUUGUGAUGACCUUUCAAUUGACUUGGAGCCUCGCCGACGGAGAAUACGGAAUGAUAUUUUCGGAAACGGAUCCCAGGGUGCAGUACUGUCUUACGAAGACGAAUUGCGACGAGAAAUGUACACAUUACUUGACAGAAUAAUACAGGAGAUGACGUCAAGAUUUCAGCAGCUUCAGGAUUUAAGUGAGAAGUUUUCGUUUCUGACGCCUUCGAAGUUGUUAGAUCCCCAGUAUGUCUGUGAUUUGGGUGGCACUACUGACGAGAUUAAUCAGGCAGAAUUUUUGGUGGAGAGACAACGCCUCCAGCAGUUCAUCGGUGCAUCCGACCGACACGAAAGCCUUAAGAACGAAGGACCACUGGAGCUUCUCCGCUUUAUCCAGGAAUUCAGUCUCGGCAUUUCGGUCCCAAAUAUUGUGAUAAUGCUGCGCUUGUUUUUAACUCUAGCUAUCAGUGUAGCAAGUUGUGAAAGAAGCUUCUCGAAGUUAAAACUUAUCAAAAAUUAUCUUCGUUCCACUAUGACUCAGCUUAGGUUGUCAAAUUUGGCUAUAUUGUCAAUCGAGCAGACAAUGACCAACCGGUUGAGCUUUGAUGACGCUAUCAAAGAUUUCGCUACUCGUAAGGCUCGAAAGAUUUUUUUGGAUACUCCAUUCGAUCAGCAUCAAGUGUUAAACAAGGAAAUGGCUCCUAAAUCAGCAACAGAAAUAGCUGAUAUGGAGUCAGUACCUUACCAAGAAGCGGUAGGCAGCAUUUUAUAUACCUGUUCAGGUACACGACCAGACAUUGCCCAGGCCGUCAGCGUAGUAAGCUGGUUCAAUCAAAACCCAGGAAAAGUUCACUGGACAGCUGUAAAGAGACUUUUACGCUAUCUCAAAGGUACCGUUAACUUGAAGCUGAAGUAUAGCCGUGAUGGAAACGCAGUUCUGGAAGAUUCAGCGAUGCGGAUUGGACUUCAAGGAGGUGCAAUUUCUUGGCAAAGCGAACGCCAAAAAACAGUCGCUUUGUCAACAACAGAAGCGGAGUACAUGGCGUUGUUCAGCGCCUGUCAAGAAGGAUUGUGGCUACGCAAUCUACUUAAGGAAAUCGACCCAUCAGCAGUGUCGCAAACAACAAAAUUGAGUUAA